GUUAACGUGUUAACAGUAUUCUGGAGGUAGGGUCACACUUGUACUGGCGGGCAAUAAUUUAUCGAUUGGGAUGUUAGUUCUGUUUAUUUGCUAAAUUUCUUCAUUGGCGAAUCAAGUUACCAAAAUAUACACAAGCACCAACAAGUUAAUGCGCUGCCUCACAUACUAUAGCAGAACAAGGAGAAUCCCAUUUCACCACAAUGGGUAAGGAUUACUACAAGAUUCUGGGCAUCGAGAGAAAUGCGUCCAGCGAAGAAGUGAAGAAAGGAUACCGCCGGAUGGCUCUCCGCUACCAUCCAGACAAGAACGACCAUCCGCAGGCUGAGGAGCACUUCAGGGAGGUGGUGGCCGCCUUCGAAGUGCUCUCCGACAAGGAAAAGCGCGAGACAUACGACAAGUACGGCGAGGAGGGCCUCAGGUGUGAUGACGAGCCGGCGACCUUCGCCCAGCCCACGUCAGACAUGCUCCCCUUUAUGUGCGCCGUCGGAGGAACUGUGCUCUUUGCAUUCGCCGCCUAUAAGACCUUCCAGUUUUUCAACCGGAAAAAGGAGGCUACCGACGGCGAUGGAUCGUCCUCGGACUGAGCUAACGAUCGGAGGGCUUGGUGAAGCAAUACCGGGGAUCUAGCGUCCUUCACUGAAUAGUCUUUAAGAUUAAUUUAUAGGAACUUGUACAUUGACUGUUGAUCUCAUUUAUUAUGUGUAGUUACUGAUAUUGCUGGUUUUAUUUAGUAAAAACAAAAGUUGUGGAAUGCGGCCAAC